AUUUCCAGAAAGCGCUCCAAAGUGAGCAAAAAGGCUUGUGAAGUUAAAUGCUCAAAUCUUCUCUUUCCUUUAAACGAACUUGUCUUUUCUAUUCCACUAUUUACACUUUCGAAUCUCUUUUUACAAUAAUUUCCAAUCCACAGAAUCGACAAUAUGCUUCGGUCACCACUUCCGGUUCCGUACGACUCCACUUGCGCCAGUAAAAUGCUUCUCUUCGCUUUACCUUUCUCAAACAACAACACCAGCAUUUGCUCUUUUUCGUUUGGAGCUUCUCGUGCACUCGAUAUGGGAUUGAAGUUUAGUAAACAAAGCUUGACUAGCAGCGGAGAUCGCAUUUUCAGUCAGACUAAGAGUCGAGGAAAACAUAGAACACUCAGUGUUUGUAGUCGCGGUGCUCAAGAACGUGUGCUUGAGGAAGGAGCUCCUCAAAUGUUGAAAUCCCUUCCGUCUUUUAAAACUUUUCCAGGUCAGGCAUUUCCAUUGGGCGUCUCAGAAGCUGAUAACGGGAUCAAUUUUGCUAUAUAUUCACAGCACGCUACGUCAGUAACGCUUUGCCUCUCACUUCCUGAAAGAUUCCGGAUUGGGUUCAUCCCUGUAAGUAACGGGGCAAACUGGACUGUAGACAUGAAAGCGGGAGCACAUGAUAGGCUGGCUGCUGAAAUGAUUGAACUGGCUUUGGAUCCUCAUGUGAAUAAAACAGGAGACGUUUGGCACAUAUGUGUUAAGGAUUUGCCUCUGAGCAAUGUUCUUUAUGGCUAUCGGAUGGAUGGUCCUCAAAGUUGGCAUCAUGGGCAUCGAUUUGACAGGAGCUUUGCGCUUUUAGAUCCUUAUGCUAAGCUAGUUGAAGGUCGUAGAUAUUUUGGAGAUUCUAGCCACAAGUUGUCUACAUUUCUUGGAACUUAUGAUUUUGAUAGCUUGCCUUUUGACUGGGGAGAUAACUACAAGCUUCCAAAUAUUCCAGAGAGAGAUCUUGUUAUAUAUGAAAUGAAUGUUCGUGCAUUUACAGCUGAUAACUCUAGUGGCUUGGAUUCAAAAAUACGUGGUAGUUACCUUGGUGUAAUCGAAAAGAUCCCACACCUUCUAGAGCUUGGCAUCAAUGCAGUUGAGUUGCUGCCUGUGUUUGAAUUUGAUGAGUUCGAGUUUCAGAGGCGCCGAAAUCCCAGAGAUCACAUGGUAAAGCAACACUUUUUAAUGGUCUUGCCAUUUGUCAAUUAUUUUACUGCAUGCAUUUAGCUGUGAAGCCUUGAA